AUGACCACGAGCACUCAGAUCUCUCCCAGAGCCAGCAACGUGUCCCACACCGUGAUUCUACGGCCUCUCAAGGCUGGGUACUUCAACUUCACCUCUGCCACCAUCACGCACCUGGCACAGGAGGGUGCCCAGGUGGUGGUUGGCUUCACCAGUGCUCCUGGGCAGGGAGGAAUCCUGGCCUAGCGUGACUUCGACAGGAGGUUCUCCCCUCACUUUCUGAAUUGGGUGGCAUUUGGCGUGAUGACCCUGCCCUCCAUCGGGAUCCCUCUGCUGCUCUGGUACUCGAGCAAGAGGAAGUAUGACGCCCCCAAGAGCAAAAAGAACUGAGCAGAGUCCAAUGCCAGCAGCAGCCCAGAG